AUGACACAGCUGCUUCUGCUUGUGGCCCUCCUGGUCCUGGGACACGUGCCAUCAGGGCGGAGUGAAUUCAAACGAUGCUGGAAGGGCCAGGGGGCCUGCCGAACUUACUGCACAAAGCAAGAGACCUACAUGCACCUAUGUCCGGAUGCCUCCCUGUGCUGCCUCUCCUACGCUUUAAAGCCUCCUGCUCCCAGAUUUGAUUAUAAGUAG